AUGGCGUGCGUGGACAGAUGCCGCUGCUGCACGGACAACCGGCGGCAGAGCAGCAUUCUCUACAACAUCCUGAAGAGCGAGGAGCAGCAGAAGCAGAAGCAGGAGCAGGCGGCGAGCGAGCAGGCGGCGCCUGAGCCCCGGCAGGCGGCACACCGGCUGGGGCUGGGGCUGGGCUGCUCGUGCGGCUCGCAGAGGCGGGUGGCCCUGAAGAGCCCGCAGGUGGCGUGCAAGGCAGCUUCGGCCGUGCUGGUGAAGACGCUGCGCUUCGUCAAGAACGUGCCGUGCUUCCAGGAGCUGCCCCUGGACGAGCAGCUGGUGCUGGUACGCAGCUGCUGGGCCCCCUUGCUCGUGCUGGGGCUGGCCCAGGACCGCGUGCACUUCGAGACGGUGGAGACCACGGAGCUGAGCAUGCUGCACAGGAUAUUGACUAACCAGCGCGGCGAGCAGCAGCAGCAGCUGCUCUUGCACAAGACCCAAGAGCAGCUGGAGCCGACCUGCGGAAGCGGCGGCAGCCCUAAGCUACCAUCUGCGGGAGAGAUCCAAGCCAUCAAAGGCUUCCUGGCCAAAUGCUGGAGCUUGGACAUAAGCACCAAGGAGUACGCCUAUCUCAAGGGAACCGUGCUCUUCAACCCGGAUCUGCCAGGGCUUCACUGUGUACAGUACAUCCAGGGACUUCAGCAAGAAGCACAGCAAGCCCUAAAUGAACAUGUCAGACUGAUUCACAGAGGGGACCAGGCCAGAUUUGCCAAACUAAAUGUGGCUCUGUCCAUGCUCAGAUCCAUUAAUGCCAACGUUAUUGCUGAACUUUUCUUUAGGCCCAUCAUUGGAACGGUGAAUAUGGAUGACAUGCUGUUGGAGAUGCUCUGUGCAAAGUUAUGA